CUCCAAAUUUAGAAGCCACCAAACAUUUCCAUGUUUCCUUAUUUAAAGACUGUUACAUGAGUAGUUACAUGAGUAAGUAUGAUGGCACAAAAUAAAGCUUUUGUUUGGAGCCAUAGGAAUGAAUGGGGCUAGGCUAAUGCUAACACAUUCAAGAAGUGCUGUACAAAGAUUAAAAGUGCAUGCAUUGAAAAAAGAUAGGUAUGUAUUAAUUCAUCUAAGUUGAGGUAAAAACAUAGUAAAAUAUUGAAAAAUGGUGGUGUUUUCCUUUAACAAGUACUAAAGAUAGUUUAGGUACUAAAGAUAGUUUAGGUACAAAAUAAGUGUGUGAAAAUAGAGCACUUUAAGGACAUAACUGUAAAGUGUACUUAAAGUCUUGUUUGUGCAUCUUUUUAUCUGGGUUAACAAAUCAAUUAGUUGACAAAACCAUCAACCAACUUAAAAACAUUUUCAGACUUGAACAGGUAAAAGUCAUGAGACCAUUCAAAUCACCAUAGCAACGCUGGCUGCUACCCUCCAGCAUCACUGCUGUUUUGCACCAGUGAACACCACUUGUUAUCAUCAGAUAAUGUAAUCUAGUUAUACAUUUACAUAUUGAUAUAUGAGUUGUCCCAAACAAGCUGCUUUUGUAUUCAUGGUGUAGUUUAACAAAAGAAGGAUUCAAGAGUUGAAUGGAAAACCAGCUAUAAACCAGCUUAUCUGCAUUUAGAGUCAUCAGGCACAAAAGACCUCUGACCUCAAGACCGGGCCGAGGGCCAAAUGUGACCCUCACACAGACGUCUACAUUGUCAGAUGUCAAGCUGUGCCUUGUAUUUCCUUCAAUUGGUGACGUGAAUGUUGUGUGUCUGUGGAUGUGGGUUAGGGCUCAUGCAUUUAUUACUGUAUGUUUACACACACAAUACUGUAGAUUUCACUUCAGGAAGCUUUGCUGGAGCAUAAACACUAUCACAGUAUUUGACAACAAACUGCAGUUCCCAGAGAUGCAUUGGUGUAGGUGGGCAGGAAACUGGACGUCUCACCUCCAAACACAGUCCACAGGUGAAGACGCUGAAGAUUGCUGCGACUAUCUGUUCAAGAUCGUCCUCAUCGGUGACAGCAACGUUGGAAAGACCUGCGUGAUCCACAGCUUCAGCUCAGGAGUCUUCAGUGACAGCCAGCACAACACCAUCGGCGUGGACUUCACUGUUCGCACCAUAGACAUUGAUGGCAAAAAAGUGAAGAUGCAGGUUUGGGAUACGGCGGGACAGGAACGUUUCCGGACCAUCACACAGAGUUACUACAGAAGUGCACAUGGUGCCAUGAUCGCCUAUGACCUGACCCGAAGACCCACAUUCGAAUCCCUUCCUCACUGGAUACAGGGUGUGGAGCAGUAUGGAGCUGCCAAUGUCGUCUUUGUUCUGAUAGGAAACAAGUGUGACCUGGAGUCCCAGCGGCAGGUGUUGUUUGAGGACGCAUGCACGCUCGCAGAAAAGAAAGGUGCGCUCGCUGCGUUAGAGACCUCGGCCAAACAUUACCACAACAUCGAGGAAGCUUUUGAACUGAUGGCUCGGGAACUCAUAAUAAGACACGGUGGAAUCGUCCAUCAGGACAACCAAUCGGAUUCACCCAGAGUGUUUUUGCACUCAGAUUCUCAUCCAGUUGAAGAAGGAGGACUUCCAGAGAAAAAGUCAUGUGACUGCUGAUUGACAGUUGACAUUUCUGGUCCAAUAUCACUGAGACAAAUUUAGGAGAAAAAUCAGCCGGAUAUUCUGUACACUUGGAUCAAAAGAUGAAGGCAUGUUUUUCUCUUAAUACAGUCAUGUCACAUAACAUACCAGCAAUUUCUUGACCAAACACAGUAACAAAUGAGUCAAAUCAAUGUAUAUUUUUCUGUUACUUUAACUUAACAAAUUAAGUUGAAAAAAAACUUGCAAAACCAAGUUGUUAUAACUUCAUGCUGCAUUUUUUAUAGUAAAGUGGAAGGCACCAAACAAUCUGACAAUUUAAUAAUCUGUCUGCAUUUAUUAAAUUAACUCAGUAAACAUGUAUACAAGACAACAGGUAAACUUCUUUGGGACUUUUAUUCUGCAAGGUUGCACAUGGUAUAAACAGUCAAUGCAAUAAAUCAAUUCUGUGUAUUAUACUAAAGUGAUCAAAUCUUAAACAAAAUAAACAAACAAAAACAUAACACAAGUUUGGACUAGCUUUAAGUCUAACUUAAAAAAAAUAUACUUCAAUUGGUAAUGCCUAAAACCUUUUUCAACCUUAAAUUUCUCAUUUUAAGUGAUAACAUCUACACCUAAAAUAUUUUUUACUUAAAUGUUUCACUUAAAUUGAGGAAAUGUAGGUUGAAAAAAAUAGGCAUUACCAAUUGAAGUAAUUUUUUAAGUUAACCCAACUUUUACUUUUUACAGUGUAUGCAGAGCACUAAAGUGAUACAACAUUGACAUGACGGUGAGAGUAAAUACUGACAGAAAAUCUGUUCUUGGUACAAUUAAUUACAGUGUGGUUUAAAAAAGGAAGACAUGAGACAAGAAUAAGUGGUGAACACAUUUAAACACUUCAUGUGAACUUUAUUUAAAAUAAUUUGAACACAUUUUGUGUCAAAAAAAAUCUUUCUUCUUGCAUUGACAUUUUGUUGUUUCUUCAUUAACUAGUAUGGCUUCACGGAUGGAUGUCUUGCUUUGAGCGUUUAAAUUGAAGUACCUGCAAUGCUUUGUUUGACCUGAUGAUGGCAUUGGCAAAAAACCCUAACUCCCAGUUGUUGCCUAAAGUUGGGUUUGUAAGCUGGAGGUCCCUGGUUCGAGUCUCAUGGCUGACAGCUGUUAAAUAUGUAACUAAAUAGUAAAUACAUUUUAUAUUGAUGAAAAAUAAAAUCAUGGUAAUAGCAUAAUUUUUAAGCAUGAUUUUUAAUGUAUGCUUAAGCUAAUAAUUUAAAACGAUGCUGAUAUAAUUGUAUUAAGUAAUACAAAAACAUUUCUCAUGUAAAUAUUUACAUUUAAAGCCGUCUUUAUAUUUACAGUAUAAGCCAAAUAUUCAGAAAAUUUUUAAGUACUUCUGUUGCAAUGAGUUUGUAGCCUUCAUGGUUCUAUA